AUGCAAAAGAAUACAAGACAAGAAACAUAUAAAAUUGUUAAGACUUGCCCCCCUAAAAGGCAAGGCGAACUUAACUUUAGCAUCAAUUCAGGUGUUUUUACCUGCUCUGAAUGCAAAAAAGAGUUCGAAAAGCCUUGGCUACUGAAAAGGCAUUCAAAGGUUCACCAUAUAAGUAAUCAAAUGGCAACCAAUACUGUACUCGACAAACCUGAGCAGGCCGAAUUGAUAGUCGAGAACACUAUUCCGGAUGCUAAUGCAUUUGAUUACUUGAGUGAUGAAGAUGACUCCUCCAGUAUCAGGGAUGAAGAAGACAACAUUGUAGACGAGGAAAACGAUAUUGUCGAUAAUUUCUUCGAUAUUGAAAUGAACAGUAAUCCAGUUUUCAACGCGUUCUCUGACAUGUUUUCUUCUGCUGCUGCUGCUGAUGAGGUAUCAAUGACUGAUAAUGACUCUGAGAUCCCAGAAGAAGUCUUUGGGACAAUUGGCGCUAUAAAUGACCCUACAAGCUGUUAUCCUUUUUGCAAUCUUCAAACCAUGAUCCUUUUCGCUUUUAUCGAUGGGGAUAAUGACAUGAUCUCCCAGCUAAUGUUGAAGAAGAUACUGCUUGCGAUGAACUUGAUUAUUAAGAUCCAGCAAGAAACUCCCAUAGAAAGAACAUUUAAGUUAUCUCGUUUUGAUGCUCUUUUAAAUUAUCAGGCAAGAAAGAAGUUUAAAAUGCCUGUCUUUUCUUCACAAAGAAUAUCAGUACCUGGAUCAAAUGGGAACGCAUUCGCCCACAUUAACCUUCCAUCCGACCACUUGAGAUUUCUUAUGGCAAACCCAAAGAAAUCCAAGUUGAUCUCGUCCAUGCCCAAUCAUACCCCAAACCAAUCGAUCUGUUUGGAACAAGGUAAAAAGUGGAGAACCCACCAUCUCUUUCAGCAGUCUAUGCACACUGUAAAUGGUAUAGAUAUCUGGUUUGGAAACAUUGUUUACUUGAAGACAAACAAUUGCAGCAUCUGCUUUUUGGUUGAAUUAUUCCACAUGGCAAACAAAAACAUUUUUGCAAGAGGGUAUCUGGUCAGAGCAAUUUUGAUUGUAUGCUAUGAUGUUGAGGUUGCUGUUGCCGAUCUUAGAGUAGAGCAGAUCUCUCACGUUGACACCACUCCUGUUGAAAGAGAUCACUACUACAGUAUCUCAAGUAGCCUUACCAGAUUGAGUCCUGCUCAUGACUUUCUUCUUUUUGGAGUUCAUCCAAUGAAGAAGUCUAUGCCUCUUUCUGUUUUGCCCAGUAAUGUAGAUCGCGACGCAGUAUUUUACAAAGUUAGAAUUGUUUCAAUCAUCCUUUUUACAGACGACACUUCCGGUAAUCAUUCAAAGCAGUACAAUCCGUUUGAAAGCUGGUUAAUGAGAUGCACUGCCUUGCCUUUUAAGGAUCGAAAUUCGAUAGCAAAUAUCCAGUUUCUUUCUACAAUUCCUAAGAAAGAUGGUGCAAAUGACAAGAAGUAUGUUCUGGUUGUUGCUCCCAUCCUUUGGAUUGAGACUGACAUGUCAUGUCAUUUGGAACUUUGCGGAUUGCUUGGGCUGGCCACCACAUUUCCUUGCAGAAGAUGCUACAUCGAACUUAGAUGUGCAAAAGACUUUGUGAAGGACUUGUCCUACUUCUGUGAGUGCCAUGAGAGACAAACUCGAGAGCACUAUGUUCUUGCAAACUCGUCACCUGGCAGAGACACUGAGAUCUCAAAUGCUCUGAAAAUUGGAAUGAACAUGCCUGCAAACAAGAUAAGCUUUAGAGAUCAUUCGACUGGCCACUUAUUAGAAUUGCAGUCGUUUGAUCCAGAAAAGAAUACACUAGUGGAAAUCCUCCACACAAUACUUCUUGGUGUUGCAAAGUAUAUGGUGAUUGACUUGGUUAAGGUUGUGCUUAAGAAUGACAUAGCCACAAUAGCAAGACUUUUAGAAUUCUUGACAGAUUACACGCGAUCAACUGGUCUAUCAAGAAAGUUCACCCGAAACUUGAGACAUAGUGGUUCAUUCCUUGGUAGAGAUUUCAAGGUUCUGCUUCAAAUACUUUCUGUAAUUCUGAUUACAGAAUUCUCUGGAAAUCAUGAGCUAGACCUUGUAAUAUCAUGCUUUGUUGAACUUGGCCAAUUGUGUUCUCUGGUAGUCGUUCGUCAGGUGACAUCAGACUUUGAUAACUAUAUUAUCAGAGUAGAUAAUGCAGUGAAGCACUUGAUCAGAGCAUUGUUUGACUACAAUAAAGGAACCAAGAACGAGCUUCACAAGGCAUAUUGCACCAAGCUGAAAGUUCAUUACUUGACACAUCUCAAGGAAGAUAUAAUUCGUUUUGGCCCAGCUCUCAAUUAUGAAACAGAAAAGGGUGAACAGUUCAAUAAGCACAUUUGCGAACAUCUGUUUUAUACAAAUUGCCAAAACACUUCCAGGAAUGUUUGCCUAAAGCUUGCAAAGCAGGUAGCAUUGCAACAUUUUAAUAGCUCUGGCAACCGAGAGAAGUCUGGAACUGGAAUAGAAAGCUCGAGAGAGCUAAAGGACAACAAUGACACUGGAGAUAUUGAAGAUGACGCCGUCCAAAACAACAGUUUUGGUGCGUUUGUUUUUAAAGAUGAUCCAAUCUCUCACCCUCGUAUAGGACUUGUCUCAGGCUCUGUUGUUAAGUUUCCUAGCAUUGUUCCUCAUACGGAUAAUGACAGAAACAAUAACUAUGCCAAGGCUGUAAUGACAGGUGAGCAUUCUGAUGUUGCUAACAUGAAUCUUGUUUGUAAGUUAGAUUUGCACAUUUUCCGCAACCUAUUUUACAUUGUAAAUUUGAGCAAGUUCGGUUCCUACUGGUUCAUUUUCAAUAAUAUUCUUUUUGAUGAAUAA